AUGACUUCGACAACAGUCGCCGGAGUCUCUUGGAGCAGGCUUCCAGCAGACAUAUUAUUCAGAAUUUUGGAGCUUCUGCUUGAUGACGAUACUAGUUGCGCUGGAGCUGCUGCCGUGUCGCGACAGUGGCAGGCGGUCAUAGAGCCACGUAAUUUCGCCAGAAUCAAAGUCACGCCCUCACGUCUUGCUGAUUUUGAUUCCAUGACUUACCGGAAUCGGCAUCUCGUGAGAUAUCUGUGGCUUUGCCUGGAACUUGAGGAGUACAGCUCCAUGUUGUCGGACCUCACGAAUGCUGAUAAUCAUCUGAUCGCUACAUCUUUCCAGACACUCUUCGAAAAUCUAAGUUCUUGGGAUCCGCAUGGAAACUUGACACUUGAUAUUAGUAUACAUUCACCCUCUGACGCGAAGGGUGAAUCCGAUUAUUUGACUUUCGAAUCUGAUAUCCCUGCCUGCGAAAUAGACCACGACAAGUGGGCAGGAAAAGAAAUACAACGUCGGCGUGUGAGGAGUAUUGACCACCUGGCACAUUUUAGCUGCCUCAUGAGAGAGCUCCCAAGCCAAGGACGUCUAGCAAAACAGCAAUCCUUGAAAGAAUCCAACUCCUUGAGAGAUUCUUGGUUAAGAGGAGAAGAAUUUGACUUUGAGAGUAGCGUAAUGAGAAUCCAAGAAGCAGAUGCGCGGGACCCGGAUAAUCUGCUUGAGCCGGGGCAUAUAAUAUGGCAGAGAUUGCCAACCGUGCCAGCGGUUACCAGUGUGCUUCUUCGUCAACAAACCCGUCGAAUAUGGCCUUCGAAGCAACUUUCAAGGUUAUUUUCACGGCUUCCAAGGAUCCAGGAGAUCCACUAUGAACCGUGGAGAGAAUGGUUGGACCAUCAAGACUUUAGGGACAAACAAUACAAGGCUCUUGUGCGGUCCCUUCCACACACUUUGAAGACCCUGGUAUUGUUUGAGAAUUUCAAUCAGCACUAUAUAGCUCUGUAUCGCAACAGCCCGCUUGUUCGAGCUCCGAGUCUCAAGCUUAGCCAGGCGAUAGCCAAAGUCAGUCUCAACCUCGAAUGCCUGUCGGCAUCGUAUUUGGUAGAUGCCAGUUUCUUUUUUGAUGCCUACGAGUCUUCCGGGCUUUGGCCUCAUCUGAGGUCGAUUGCGCUUACUGCUCAGUCGCUGAGUCCCGAUGCAAGCAAAAAGACGAUCAACGCGCUUCUCCAGAAAGCAGCAACUGCAGUUUUACGGAUGCCUAAACUCGAGACCUUGGAAAUCUGGAACGGAGAAAAGGGUGUGGCGGCUCUCUUGAGAUAUCAGCCCUCGCGCGCUACUCUCACAUGGAGGGCUACAUGGGAGCUUGACAUAUUGAGUUCUGCAAUCCAAGCCUUUGAAAAGGUCGGACCGGCUCACUGUGUGGGAAGGUGUGAUAUUGUCAAGGAACUGCUGGAUGUUGGUCUCGUCGCUUCUCAUGGUGAUGCGAUCAAUCUCCUAAAGCACGUCUGCCCGAUACUUCGGCCGAUUUCACUGCAGCAGAUCCUAACCGAGGAGAGGUUUCUUGAAACCUGA